UUUCAGUCAUACAGAUUCAUUCACCGUCGGCACGCGCGUCGACUACGAACACGGUGCGUACCUAUCGGUCGACUAACUGUUACUUGUAUUGUAAUUUGUAGGUGAAUAAAAAAUAGUAUUAAAUUCAUAGAAUAAAAGUAUUGCCCGUGUUCAAAUGAUAAUAGUAAUAAUAAAAAAUAGUCUAGGUAAAUGUAUAAAAGAACUUGUGUUUUAAGUUGUAAACAUCAUUCCGUGUAAAACCAAUCACGUUAAUUGAAACACGGAAUCCACAACGAACGCUGUAACACUGCCGCCGUGGUGAGCCAUCUCGUAUAUUAUUAAACGUUAAAUAACUAUCCACUACAACGCUUUCUUGUCAGCCCAUCUCGCGCGGUUUUUUUAAACUUAAACAGCCUUAGUACAACACCGACACAUCGUCGACCUAUGCCCGAACGAAACAUGAACUCGGACCGCACGUCUCCGCCGCCGUCGAAACUUCCGUCUCCCGCUACAAGUUCAUCGGUGCAAGUCACCAACAGGGCCAAACGGCCGAACGCGUUGCAAACGUCGAAUACCGGAUACAAAGGUAGCGACGAUCACAGAGUCGACCAAAGGGACGCCGCACUGUUGCUGUCUCCGUUGUGCGAUGAGGCGCUCCUGUCUACCGACUCCGACGGAGUUGCCAUCAAUGUCGAAUACCCUGUACAGGCCAACGGUCAGCCGGUCGUAAUUCCGGUAACUAAACACAAUACGAGAAAGUCGCAUUUGACGUCACCAUCGAUCUACCGGAAGGCCAAACGAAGAGCGCUGUUCAAAAAUGGCGAAUGUAAUAUCGUCCUGGAAAACGUAUCGAAACUUCGGCGGCGCUACUUGCAGGACCUGUUCACCACACUGGUGGACGCGCGAUGGCGAUGGACUCUGUGCGUGUUUGUCAUGAGUUUUCUACUUAGUUGGCUCGCUUUCGGAAUAAUUUGGUACUUGAUCGCCUUCACUCAUGGUGAUCUGUCGCCCGAAAACAUCGACAACCCGGUAUGGUCGCCAUGCGUGAUCAACAUGAAAACGUUCAUGGCCAGCUUCUUGUUCAGCGUGGAGACGCAGCACACCACGGGGUAUGGUUACCGAAUGGUCACAGAAGAAUGCCACGAAGCUAUUGUGUUUUUCUGCUUCCAAAGUAUCGCCGGUUUAAUGAUCCAAGCGUUUAUGGUGGGUAUCGUAUUCUCGAAGAUGUCACGACCAAAACAACGCAGCCAAACGAUCAUGUUCAGCAAGAACGCGGUAAUAUGCCGAAGGGACGGGCAAUUGUGUUUCAUGUUCCGUGUUGGUGACAUGAGGGAAAAGUCACAUCUAAUUGGGACCACAAUCCAGACUAGACUCAUACGAUCUCGAGUGACACCAGAAGGAGAAACAUUAUCGCCGCAUGUGACGUGUUUAAAAAUAAGUAUAGACGACGAUGACGAACGUGUAUUUCUAAUGUGGCCAACCAUAGCCGUACAUGUGAUCGAUCAGGACAGUCCGCUGUACGGAAUGAGCGCGGCGGAUCUAUUAAAUGAAAAAUUUGAAGUGAUCGUAAUCCUGGAAGGCACCACUGAGUCGACGGGGCAGACUACGCAAGCACGGACAUCGUAUUUAUCAUCAGAAGUUCUAUGGGGACACAGGUUUCGACCGUUGGUCAAAUAUUGCAAGACGAAAUUGAUGUAUGAAGUAGACUACUCGCAGUUCCACGAUGUGUGCAAUGUUGAUACACCACUGUGUAGUGCCAAAGAUCUUGAAACAUACUUAAUGAUCAACGAACCGAAAAUUACAUAAUUUAUUGUGUAUUAAUAAAACCCAAAAAUACACAUUUUUUUGAAUUCCAA